AUGUAUAUUGUCUUGUUCUCUUUUAUCUGUGUUGUGUAUUCAAUAACUUAUGUGCUCAACAAAGAAGAGAUAAAAAUCUUGGAGAAUUACGCAAAUGGAAUCGAAAAAUAUGAUAAAUAGAAAGAAAAGCUGCCUCUAUAGAGUGUUCUUAAACUUGACAAUAAUGAAAGUGUGGUUCAAGUAACUUCUAUGUUUACUCCUUUUGAUAAUUAAUAGAGAGUCGACAUCUUAACCAAGAAAGCAGAGAAUACUUACUCAGUCUAUACUAUAUAUUAUGAUAAAUAAUUUAAUUCAGAACCUAAGUAUGAAAGUGUUGAAAUACAAUAAACAGGUAGAUGCACCUCCUUAACAUACUUAAAUAAUUAAUUUGUUGUUGAUUGCUCAUUUACUUCAAUUUAAUUUAUAUUGUAGAAUGGUACUAAUGUUACAUACAAUAACGACCAACACCUUUAAUUCACUCAAAUUUUAGGGUUCUACGGUGGAAUCCUAGCAUUAUCUCCAGGAUAAUUAACAUUCUUUGACGAAUAGUUGAAAAUGGAAAGAUAGACUUUGGCCAAUUACAUUUAAGUGCUUAAGGAUGAAAAAAAUGUUUAUGUAUUAAAUGAACACUAAGUGAUCUAAUAUACACAAGAUGAUGGCAUACUCGAAUAUGAUCAUAAAUGCUAAGUUACACCAGAAUUUAUGACCAUUUUAGAUGAUACUUUUUAUAUUUAAUGUGGUACUCUAAGAAAGGUUGAUUAAAGUGAGAUUGAAGUAUUUCAGUUAACAGUAUCCCAACUCUAAUCAACCAAUCGAUAUAUCAUUUUGAAUAAUACCAGCAUCUUUAAUAAAAAUUUUGAUUCUUGUUUUUUUGUAUCAUAUGGCUAAUUGUAUCCGGUAAAUUAUGAUGACGAUGUGAUUCAAGUAGUGAAUAAUCAAAUAUCAAUUGGCUCCAUUAAAGGAUACUACCUGAUUUAAUCAAAUGAAAUAUCCUAAUUCAAGUUAUCUUACGAUUAAUUUUAUGUUGUCGAUAAGGGAUUAUAGGUUUUGGCUUCUGGAGAAACUGAUUUUUAUGGAAAUGAAUAUUAAGUAGUCAAUUAUGUUUCAGGACCUAAUGUAGUAAUUAGUGAUCAGGGAUAAAUCGAUGGCCCAAUUUCCUGGAACAUUGAAAAAUAGAUAUCAAAUAAACAAUUGCUGACAUUACUGAAUUAUUUGGAUGAAUCUAUAGUGAUUAUCUAUUAACAAGAUAAAAAGUUAUACUCGCAAAAAUGUGAUGUUGAUGAUAAACUUAAAUUUGAAAAGGAAGCACUCAUAACUUAAAAUGUUCCAUCAGACAUUAAAAAUGUCCAAGGGUCUGUGGUUGGUAAUCAAAUUAUAGUUGCUUAUAUAUCCUAAGGAAGUUUGUUUAUAUAUCAAAACAAUACACUUUUACAAUAAGUGAACAAUGUGAUUACUUUCCAAUUGAAACAAAGCCUUAUUAUUAUCCUUAAUGACACUCAAGUAACUAUAAGCUAAAUCGUCAAUCAAUAAUUGUAAUACUUAAGCAUACUUAAUGUUGGUUGUACUAUGGUUAGUAAAUUUUCAAAUGAGAUUGCAUUGGUAGACCAAAAAAAUAAUCUUUUAUUAGUCAGCAAUUCUAAUAAUGGUUGGUAUUAAUCAUUUUCAAAGGCUUUUACAGACAAAAUUAUUAAUAUUUAUUAUGUAAAUAGUUAAUUGAUUGUGUUGACUGAGAAAUCAGCACAAGUUUAUGAGAAUAGAAUAUUGAGAGGCAAGUUAGAUUUGGAUAAAUUGGAAAAUGGGAAAUAUUUAUAAACUCAAACCCAUUUGUAUUAUUACAAUAACUCCUAAAUACUUUAAUUAUAGAUCUACUCAGAACUAUCCUUAUCAAGUUGGCCAUAAUAAGUCAUCAAUUAUAAGAUCUAAUAAAAAUUUUUGGUUCUGACAUUUGAUAUUUUUGAAAUAUUACUUUUAGAUAAUAAUCUAUAUGCAUAUAGUUCAAUUUUAUUAUUUACACCCAAUACUAUUGUGGAGAGAGAUGUAUAUUCCAGAUUCACCUAUGCCAAUGUAAUCUUCAAUAAUUACUAAAACCACUCUGUUGAUGUUAAGGUUAAGGUUAUUGGUGACAUUUUGAAAUUGCAAACCUUGCCUUACAAUGAAUCAGACUAUCAAAUCAAUGAUGGCAUGGUAUAAAUUGAUCAAGCUUUGCUUUUUGAUGGACCAAUCUCGAAUAUUGGCACCAAUGUUAAAGAUGAAUUUGAGAUAAUUUAGAGAGUAAGUAGGAGUAAAUAGUAACCAAGUUGGAUUAAUACAGGAUUGGUUGAUCUAAUCUAUAUUGGAAACAACCAAAAAGUUGCCUAUUUAAACCCUACUUUAUUUCUUUGUUCAGACAGUAAUUGUUAAACAAUCGCAAAUAAUACUAAAGAUUGUUUCACUUUAGAGUAAGAUUAAAUAUAAUUUUAUUUGGUAUGCAGCAAAUCUAUUUAUUAUGGUUUAAAAUCAAAACCAGAAUAAAUAAAGAGUAUUGAUUUUACUGCAACAUCAGACUAAUUAAUUAGUAUCAAAUUUGAUCAAGGUAAGAAAAUAGGAGUAAUAAGCUAAUCUAAAUCAGGUAUAUAAUUCUCAAUCUAUAUCAACUUUAAAUUUAAUGGAAAAAUAGAAAUUGAUGAUUUAAAAGAUUUCUAAUUCGGCAAUGAUCACAUAAUAUUAUUAAAAUCAAAAUAAGUGAUGAUGGUGGAUGAUGAAUUGAAAGAGUUAAACACAUUUGAUUUAUUAGACAGUUUGAUUUCGACUGAAUAGAACUUUGCAUUGAAAUUUUUAGAAUUUUCAAAAAUAUGUGAAUACAAGGAAAGUCAAUAUAUAAUAUCAAGUGUUGAUGGUCCAAUCUAUUUGAUAUAUUUUAAUAAAGAAUACUCAGAGUUAGUUUUGUAAUUCACUAAUAUUUAAGAUUCAACCCCAAUUUAAACCUAUUUAUUUGAAAAAUAGAUAUUAAUAUGUGUUUAUGAGGAUGAUGAUGAUCAUUACGCUGCUUUUUAUGAUUUUGAAGAUAAGUCAAAAUCAUCUUUAAUCAUCCCAUAUUUUAAUGUUAUUUAAUUGGGAUCUUCAUUCUCAAAAUUACAUUAUACUCAAUAAUAUAAUAAUAACUCAAUUAUUUUGGUUGAUAGUUCUAAUAACAGAUCAAUCUUUACUAUUCAUGAUUAUCUCCAAAUUAAAAGUAUUUCAUCAAAUAAACAACUCCAAGAUCUGAUUGCUUAUGAUUUGCUUUUUCAAUAAGCCAAAAUUAAUCUAAAAAUAGAUUUGACUGAAACUGAUGAUGCUAACGAUGAUUGGAUGCUAGCUAUAUAUAUUUUAUGUGGUAUCUUAGGAUUUUUAGUCUUGUUAAUUAUAUUCAGAUAUGUCAGAAGAUACUGCUUAACGAGACAUCUUAAAUUUGUAGAAGAAAAGCCUUCAGAAUUCAAAAAUCUAUAAUUAGAAUUAAGUUUAUCUAAAAAUGUUUUAUUCAUUAACAUAUCAGCAACCUUUAAUUGA